AUGCGGGACCUCCGCGCCAGAGCGCGCUUCGCUUUGAUGGCGGCGCGGCCCGACCCCCCGGCCAAGGAGGUCGCGGGCUCCGCCGCGCCGCCCGCCGCCCCCGCGCUCGGCUACGGGUAUCACUUUGGCAACGGAUACUAUAGCUGCAGGAUGUCCCACGGGGUUGGCAUCCAGCAGAACGCCCUGAAGUCUCCCCCCCACGCCUCCAUUGGCGGCUUCCCUGUGGAAAAGUACAUGGACGUCUCCAGUUUGACCAGCACGAGUGUCCCCGCCAAUGAAGUCUCCUCUCGGGCGAAGGAAGUGUCCUUUUACCAGGGCUACACAACCCCCUACCAGCACGUUCCGGGGUACAUAGACAUGGUCUCAACGUUUGGCUCUGGGGAACCGAGACACGAAACAUACAUAUCCAUGGAGGGCUAUCAGUCCUGGACUCUGGCUAAUGGCUGGAAUAGUCAGGUUUACUGUGCCAAAGAUCAGACACAGAGCUCCCACUUUUGGAAGUCGUCCUUUGCAGGAGAUGUUGCACUAAACCAGCCAGACAUGUGUGUCUACCGGCGGGGGAGAAAGAAGCGAGUGCCAUACACAAAACUGCAGCUUAAAGAACUCGAGAAUGAAUAUGCCAUUAACAAGUUCAUUAACAAGGACAAGCGGCGAAGGAUAUCGGCAGCCACAAACCUGUCGGAGAGACAAGUUACCAUUUGGUUUCAGAACAGGAGGGUGAAGGAUAAGAAAAUAGUCUCGAAACUGAAAGACAAUGUUUCCUGA